CGCCCCCUACCCGCGUCGCCGCCAUGGAGGUGCUGCGGCGCUCCUCGGUCUUCGCCGCCGAGAUUAUGGACGCCUUUGACCGCUCGCCCACAGACAAGGAGCUGGUGGCCCAGGCCAAGGCGCUGGGCCGGGAGUACGUGCACGCGCGGCUACUGCGCGCCGGCCUCUCCUGGAGCGCGCCCGAGCGCGCCGCGCCGGUCCCGGGACGCCUGGCUGAGGUGUGCGCGGUGCUGCUGCGCCUGGGGGAUGAGCUGGAGAUGAUCCGGCCCAGCGUCUACCGCAACGUGGCGCGUCAGCUGCACAUCUCCCUGCAGUCUGAGCCUGUGGUGACCGAUGCGUUCCUGGCCGUGGCUGGCCACAUCUUCUCUGCAGGCAUCACAUGGGGCAAGGUGGUGUCCCUGUAUGCGGUGGCCGCGGGGCUGGCCGUGGACUGUGUGAGGCAGGCCCAGCCUGCCAUGGUCCACGCCCUCGUGGACUGCCUGGGGGAGUUCGUGCGCAAGACCCUGGCAACCUGGCUGCGGAGACGUGGCGGAUGGACUGAUGUCCUCAAGUGUGUGGUCAGCACAGACCCUGGCCUCCGCUCCCACUGGCUGGUAGCCGCACUCUGCAGCUUCGGCCGCUUCCUGAAGGCUGCCUUCUUCGUGCUGCUGCCAGAGAGAUGAGCUGCCCACCUGCCAGUGGCCGCAGCCUGGCCCUCGGCCCGACGCAGGAGGCCCUCAGCACCCGAACACAUCUCCCUCCUCCCCACCCGAGCCUGGAGCACUCUAACCCUCGGAGACCCCCUAAGCCCCAUUCCUCCGCAGACCCAGCCCCUCCAGAAGGGGUGAGCGGGGCGGGGCUUUCCUGAGCCUGGAGCUGGGCUUUGGGGCAGCCUGCGACCCUCCCCGCUUGUGUCCCUUCUCCUGUGAUCUCUGUGUUUUCCCUUUUCUUUCUGGGGUCAGGAAGUCAGGGUCAACUCCCAGGCCCCAGGUGAAGGGGCCCGGAACACCUGCUCUCACCUGAGCCCCAGGUGAAGGGGCCCGGGACACCUGCUCUCACCUGAGCCCCAGGUGAAGGGGCCCGGGAACACCUGCUCUCACCUGAGCCCCAGGUGAAGGGGCCCGGAACACCUGCUCUCACCUGAGCCCCAGGUGAAGGGGCCCGGGAACACCUGCUCUCACCUGAGCCCCAGGUGAAGGGGCCCGGAACACCUGCUCUCACCUGAGCCCCAGGUGAAGGGGCCCGGAACACCUGCUCUCACCUGAGCCCCGGGUGAAGGGGCCCGGGAACACCUGCUCUCACCUGAGCCCCGGGUGAAGGGGCCCGGGAACACCUGCUCUCACCUGAGCCCCGGGUGAAGGGGCCCGGAACACCUGCUCUCACCUGAGCCCCGGGUGAAGGGGCCCGGAACACCUGCUCUCACCUGAGCCCGGGGGUCCCAUCCCAGGAAGAGAGGCCGUCUCAGGACAUGAGUCCUCAGGGGCCCUGCACAUUCAAUCUGAAGGUGACCCUGGCCUGGCUGAAGCUGGAAGAGCUGUGGGGACUCAGCCUGUAAACAGACCGUAAGGCUCACGUGCUGGUCGCUUAAUCCGUUUCUGGAGGAAGAGUAUGACCCCCACCUGUGACGGGGUCCUUGUGCGGUGGGGACCGGGGCCAGCGGGCUCCAGGCCAGCACACCUAACCCAUGGAUGUGGAACCUACGGCCGAGAAGGAAUGUUGCAUGAGUCGGAUCCCAGUCCAUUUUCACGUCAGUGGAGGGUGAGGGUGACCCCAUCUGCUAUUUUUGUGCCCAUCGUCAUACAACCAUUUGGGGAUGUGCCUAUUAGGGCUCCGUAAGAACUCAGAUGCCCGGGAAGCCCAGCCCCUCAGGUGCCCCCACCCACAGCCUUCCCUUGACGCCUACAUUUCUAGGCACAUGUGAGGCAUCUUUCCUGGAGCCCCGAGCCAGCCCUGUCCCUCCCCAGUGCAGCAUGGUACUCAGGAGAUACAGGCUGGACAUGGGCAGGUGUUCUGGGGAGGCCUGGCCUAGCAGCCUGCCCUCCAGACGCUGUCCUCCACACGCUGCCCUACCUGAGCCCUCCCUGCCAGGCUUCCUGCUGGGGUGGGCCACAUGCCAGGACAAGAGGGUCCCGGCAGAAAGCCGGCCCCGGACUCAGUGGCAUUCACAUCCCACUGGAGGGUAGGGGUGGUGAUAAACUUCUCCAAAUGAUCAUUGUCAUUUUGGACAGAAUGUCACUGUGUGUGUUAAAUAGCUUCUACCUACGUACAAAGUGGUAAAAGGUGUGGAGGGUUUGCUUGAAAAUAAUUGAGGGUGGGGAGUGGUGAGAGGGUGGGGAUGGGAGGGUUCCUGCAAUUGGGUCUUUAUCCUGAUUAGAUGUAAAGGCACUAAUGCUGAUUUCCAGUAGUAAAAAGAACACCAAUAAUCCAUAGUGUGAUGUGGCAAUAGAGGUAUGCAUAGUAUCACCACUGGGUGCUCCUAAUUAAAUACUUGCAGAAGGCAGGGUUCUCGGUGGCUUUUGAACACUUUCAUCCAACUAGAGUAUAAUGGGCCAGGAGCAGUAGCUAACACCUGUAAUCCCAGCACUUUGGGAGGCAGGAAGAUGGCUUGAGGCCAGGAGUUCAUGACCAGCCUAGGCAACAUAACAAGAUCCCAUCUCUACAAAAAUAAAAUUAGUCAAGCACAGUGGCCUGCACCUGUGGUCCCAGCUACCCUGGGGGCUGAGGUGGGAAGAUUGGUUGAAUCUGAGAGGUUGACGCUGCAGUUAGCUGUGAUUGUACCACUGUACUCCAGCCUCGGUAACACAGUGAGACCCUGUCUCAAAAAAAGCCGUGUGUGGUGGCUCACGCCUGUAAUCCCAGCACUUUGGGAGGCCAGAGGCAGGCAGAUCACCUGAGGUCAGGAGUUCAAGACCACCCUGGCCAACAUGGCAAAACCCCAACUCUACUAAAAAUACAAAAAUUAGCCAGGUGUGGUGGCAGGCACCUGUAAUCCCAGCUACUCGGGAGGCUGAGGCAGGAGAAUUACUUGAACCUGGGAGGCGGGGGUUGCAGUGAGCCGGGAUUGCCCCACUGCAUUCCAGCCUGGGCUACGGAGUGAGACUCCGUCUCAGAAAAAGUAUCAUGGGAGUGAGCUCAGGAUUCAGAUUCCCAGCUGAAGUGUCACAUGAAUAAUCUGAAAGUUAUGACUGUCCCAAGAGAGACUCUUACCUCCUUUAGCUGCGGGUCUGAGACCACUGAAAAUCAAACCCAGAAUCUUGUCCUUCCAGUGGCUGGAUUAUAGCACAUGUGGAACUCCCAGCCUCACGGUGUCUGCUGUGCAAGUGAAGGCAUUGGUUGGGAAGGAAUGGCAUCCUGUCAGUUGGGAUGAGGAUGUGUGGGGUGACCCUGAUGAACAGUGAAGACACUGAACCCCUAAAUCCUGGUGAGUCUUCAGUGGAAGAGGCCUCCCUAACCCUAGUGGUAGCCUCCCCAACUCCAUUUGAGCGGGUUAACCCUGUACUGCCUGAGGAAAUGGGACUGCCCUGAGGCUGCUGACUAGCAAGACCAAGCCGCUGCUUUCCAGGACCCGCCCCUACCCCUCUUUGCUUCUAGACAUGGAACUAGACUGAUGUUGGGCAGCCCUUGGAGAUAUGGGUCAUGACCAUGAGGAGAUGCACUUACCCAAGAGAACGUGAGUUUUCCAGUUUACAUAGAAAUCCCAGGAACGUGGGAAUGCAUAUUGAGGGCCUGGGAGAAUGGCAGGAGGAACAUAGAGUUAGAUCAGGCCAAGUUUAUUGAUAUGGGCUCACUAAGCAGAGAUUCCGCAUUUAGAAAGGGCUCUAAUUGGUUGGUUGGCUGCUUGGCUGAAACAUGGGCCAAAACAUGGCCCACCAUGGGAUAACUGGACAUGCCUGGCCGCCCGUGGUUAGUGUAGAAGAAGGGAUUCAAAGGCUUAGGGAGAUUGGAAUGCUAGAGUGGAUUUGUUCUCCCUGUUCUCCUCCUCUUCCUCCUCCUCUGCAGCCCUCCACUACCCUCCUACAUCCCUCCUCCUCCUCCAGUCCUCCUCCCUCUCCCCCUCCCCUGCAACUCUCUACCACUCUCCUCCUCCCACUGCAGUUCUCUUUUCUUUGUAGCCCUCCUCCUCCUCCCGCUGCAGCCCUCCACCCUCCUUCCCGGCAGCUCUACUCCUCUUUUCUUUGUAGCCCUCCUCCUUAUCCAGCCCUCCACCCUCCUCCCCUCCCCUGGCAGCCCUACUCCCUCCCCUUCCUCCUCCCAUCUGUAGCCUUUAACUCCCUCCUCCUCCUAUACUUCUCUCCCUCAUCUUCCCUCAGGACCCAGCCCUAAUGCCAGCACCCCAAGCCUUCGCUGGCCCUCAGCAGGGAGGCUCCCGACUGGGUGCACGGGGCCAUGCCCAGGAACUCUGGUUCGGGCCUGCUGCAGGGCUCGUUUGCCUUUCCAGCGGUGGUUCUCAGGUGCUGCGGUGCCGUGGCCAAGGAGCCACACAAGAAGGCCCACGACCUGUGUCCCUCAGCUUUGUGCAUCUGCUUCUCCGGGACGGGGCCCCUUGAGGGCAGGCCUGGUGGACUACCCUGUUUCCCAUGAGGCCUUGCACAGGCCUUCCUGUGGACACUGGACACGGGUGACUGAACCUGAUAUGACAAAACAUGAAGUGUGAGAUGUUUCUAAAAUCUCCACAUGGGCCGACCACAACCCGCUAUCUUCUGCUACUGUGUGCCAUGCUAGAGCUCCCCUACCCUGGGAACAAACGCCAGGGUGCCCUGCGGCCCGGCUCUCCUCAGUCCCUUCAUCCGUCCAGAGAACAAACGCCAGGGUGCCCUGCGGCCCGGCUCUCCUCAGUCCCUUCAUCCGUCCAGAGAACAAACGCCAGGAUGCCCUGCGGCCCGGCUCUCCUCAGUCCCCUCAUCCGUCCAGAGAACAAACGCCAGGAUGCCCUGCGGCCCGGCUCUCCUCAGUCCCCUCAUCCGUCCAGGGAACAAAUGCCAGGGUGCCCUGAGGCCUGGCUCUCCUCAGUCCUCCGAUCGGUCCAGUCCAUUUUCAUUCCUUUCACUUUGGCCUCCUGUCUGUGCCUCUGGGCCAAACUUAUUGCAGGGCUAUGGGCCUGGGCAGGCCCCACCUUCCUGCUUUCUGAUGCAGCGAUAUUCUUCCCUUUUUAGGACCUCACUCUGUCGCCCAGGCUGGAGUGCAGUGGCGCAGCAUUGGCUCAUUGCAACCUCUGCCUCCUGGGUUCAAGUGAUUCUUGUGUCUCAGCCUCCUGAGUAGCUAGAAUUACAGGUACCUGCCACCACGCCCGGCUAAUUUUUCUAUUUUUCAUAGAGAUGGGGUUUUGCCAUGUUGGCCAGGCUGGUCUCGAACUCCUGACCUCAAGGGAUCCACCCACCUCGGCCUCCCAAAGUGCUAGGAUUACAGGCGUGAGCCACCGCGCCCGGCUGACAUUCUCUUCUUAGAGCCUGUCUGAUGCCAGCUCAGGCCACAGGGAGGCUUCUGACAAAGCUGGAGGACAAGGCCCCCUCGCAUGCCCCAUCCUCUCCUAGCCCCCCCCUCCCCUGAGUGCCUCCUUCGAAGCCCUGCCUCCCUCUAUCAUACCCUCCCCCACGCAGCCUCAAGAAACAUGAAGAGGGGACCCCUGGGGUGGUCUGGCAACGCCUGCCUGGUGGACAGCAGAUGGGAGAGAAGGAAAGCGGCCGGUAGAAGGGGCAGAGGAAAGGGGAGGAGGAAGGAGGAAACGUGAAGCCCAUGCUCAAGGUGCCCCUCCUGCCCAGGCUUCCUGCCAGAUGCUUCUUGGAUCAAAUACUUUGUUACAUUUCCAGCACAAGAAAGUGAUGUUACAAACACUAAGAGAAUUCAGAGAAACAGCAGGAUUUAAAGUGGCACACAGAGAUCUUUGUGUAUGCUUUCAGUUGAAAGAAUGGAAGAGAUGACCCAUUUUUAACAGCAACAAAAAGAUAAAAAUCCCCACGCAUAAAAGAAAUGUGAAACCCUAAAUGGGAAAAACUUUCAAUAGACCAUAAAGACAUCAAAGUCGAUCUCAACAACACCGUGAUUUGAAUGCAUUCCCCAAAAGUUCAUGCGUUGGAAACCUGGACUCCAAUGCAGCAGUGCUGGGAUGGGAUUCUGGGGAGGUGACUGGCUCAUGAGGACUCAUCCAUUCAUGGACUAAUGGGUGCUUGGGGAGUGGAGCAGUUAUCACCAGGGGGCUGGUUAUAAAAGCCAGCUUUGCCGUCUCUCAUGAGACCCUCACAUAAUGCCCGGCACCACCUUGAGACUGCAGAGUCUCGACCAGCAAGAAGGUCCUCACCAGAUGCAACUCCUAUACCUUGGACUCCCUGCCUCCAGAACUGUAAGAAAUAAAAUUCUUUUCUUUAUAACUUA